AUGGAACGCCAGCUGGUGACACUGCUGCUGUUUCAGGCAGUAUGGAAUGGUGUUCUUGGAAAAAAACACUUUGUGAAAAAAAGAGGACUCAUUGAAUUAUAUGAAACCCUAAAAUGUGGUACAAGGCGAUUUCCUUUGGCCUAUAUAAAUUAUGGAUGCUAUUGUGGUUCAGGGGGAAGCGGAUGGCCUACGGAUGAAACAGAUUGGUGCUGCCAUAGACAUGACUGCUGUUAUGACUUUGCACAACGACAAGGCUGUCACCCCAUAACAGACAGAUAUAAGUGGACUUGUCAGAACAAUACUGUGAUAUGCGAUGCUGUUCUAGAUAGAUGUCAAAACAUAAUUUGCCAGUGCGACAAAGAAGGAGCUCGAUGUUGGAGAUUUGCCCCAUUCAAUAAGCGUUACAUCUUCUGGCCAAAUAAUCUUUGUGGCCAGAUAUAUCCUUCAUGUGGCUAUAAGCAUUAA